AUGAUCGGCAGCGGGGUCUCCACAAACCCGAUCCAUCUACUCGAUCUCACACUCAAUCGUCCUCUCUCGCACGUGUCUGGUUUUAGUUACACUUGCUCUAACAACUCCUCGACGAUUGACGCCGCAGCGUAUCCGCACAUCCUCGACCAGAUCAUCCUUUUCUCGCCGUAUGCCGCGCUCAUUGCACUGCGCGGCGCGUGUCGCGACCUCCGCCGGCGCGCCGACGAGCAGCUGCUGAAGCGACACGUCGUUGUCAGCUGUGGUGCCACGGGCGCUCCUUGGCAGAUCCGCCUUCCGGUCUUUCGCGACUGGAAUGGCGGCGCUAUCAAGCUCGAGUGCGACGUUGUCGACCUCGUAGGCAUCACCGCGUCCAGCCUCCUCCAAAGGUCGCCCAAGAUACCGACUCUUCGGUUCAUGUACAACACCAAAGGCGACCGUGAUAUCAAGAUGGGUUCAGUGCCUAACAGCGCAAUGUGGUUGGAGGUACCGAUUGACACAUUCGUUGUGUUUGCGCCGCUUCCUUACAUACUCAGGAACACACUGCCCCGCCCCGCGCGCAGGCCGCUUCGUCGUGUGGUGCGCAACAUUUCACUGCACCCCGACGACGAGUUUGAAGGCCACCCGAAUGCUUGCAUUGACAAGCUUAAUCUGCUGGAAGAGUCGGUCUGGGUCUUCCACCUUGCGAAAGAUCCCGUACGGGCGGCUUCGCCGUGGUCCGGCGAGAAGCAGAGGAUGGGACUCGGCGCAAUGCUGCGCCGGACCUUCGAUUGUGUACGCGAGGAGGUGGCCGCGGGCGCCAGGGUCGUGGUCGUCGGGCUCGACUCCGUGCCGCCGUUCAUCGUCAAGAAGUUCGAGAGGUCCGCUUUCAAGCUACUUGCCAAAGUCAUUGGUCGGGAUGCGGACAAGGUGGAGCAGCUUACCUUUCCUGAGUACCGAGCGCGCGUAGGCCUGGAGCGCGCGCAUCUGGAGAUGGAAGUGAGUCGAUAG